CAAAUUGACUUAAUUUAAUCUGACAACGAAUUCCCAGAAGCAAUUUUUUCAAAGGGAACGCCAAAGUGAAAACGGAUUCAUACAAACACCCUCGUUUGAAUAAUAAACUACAACUUAAAAACCCUGAAUGAAAUAAAAGAAGACAACGAACUUAAUUUCAUGGCAAAAUCUCUGUGGGAUGAGGGGAAUAAUAUACACCUGGCUACAAAACAGAUGAGCUGUUGUGACAAAAGAGCAACUAAAUUUGCAGAUGUAGAGAUUUGUCAACAAACACAAGUAAACAAUGUACUAAAAACAAAACAGGCAAAAAUUGCGAUGCAAACAAUGGAACAGCAACUAAGAAUGAAGGCGAAAAUGGGUGAAAGUUCAACGAAAGUAUGUCGCGCUGCUCAAAAAAUGAGAAUACCAACGGUGUUAGCUACGAACAGAGCAAUCGUUAGGAUAAGCAAACAGAAGGUACAAAAUACGAACCCCAACCACGAUGUCAAAUGUCUGGCAAACAGAGCAGCAUGCCAUGCUUGCCUCAGCAUCAACGCCACUUGCUGUGCUACUUUCCUCUACACAAUCUACAAUACCAUAUCCAGAAUACCAUGGAUUUUUCUGCUGCUCUCAGUACUGGCAUUUCACAUUUGUCAGAGCGGCGUAAUAGCUUACAAGCCGGCAGCGAGAACAAUGGAACUCCAGCGUGCAAUAAUCGACCCACACCAUCGAGCGUUACGAGCGACGCAAUACAGCCAACUGUUAUCCACCGAUGGACAAUGGGCGGGAAAUGAUAAUAACAAUAGUUUCCGGCCGAUUAUCCCCAAGGACAUUAGUCCAGAAAUUAUUGCACAGAAUGUCUUUACCCAUACGGGUCAGUAUCGUGUUUUCCAGCCGGCAACCAGCGAUCUACGCGUAGCCGUGGCAAUGGAGCAGAAUGCAAAAAAUGUUGUUGAUUUGGAAGCAAAUACGGGUAGCAUGGCUUCAAUGGAAGCUCAAACAAAUAAAACUAGAGGGAGUGGUGUGAACAACGAAAAUAAGCUCGGAACGAAAAACCCCACGACUGAACAAAAAACAAUGGCAGAGGCAAAGGUCACAAAGUUAAUGACGCAAAAAAAAGAUGGCAAGCAAAAAGAAGUGGCAGCUCCACCACUGAAAACACUCGGCAAUACAAAAUGGCAAAGCGAAUACGCAGAACAUUCUACACAAAUCAGGAUAUCCGAAAAGGCACUUGAUGCACAUGAAGGCAAAGCAUUGCCAUUUACGUCUGCAUUAGGCCAAUUAACUGCAGAACAAAGAAAACUUACAAAUAGCAGCAAAGUACAAACCCCGGUAGCAGCAACGUUUCCAGAUGCGGCCCAAAAUAUAGUCAAUGAUGAUAUUAAGGAAUUAGAGGCUUUGCUGGUCGAGUAUGCAGAGAGUUUCUUCAACAAAGCAGAGUACGAACCAUCCAGCGAAUUGGUUAAUGCGCUUCAAAAGAAUCUUACCACAGCCGACGGCUUUACGCUAAUAGCAGAGCAACACAAGAAGCGUCCAACCCGGCAUGCUAGCGCCAACCCGCAUCAUCAUCACCACCAUAAUCAUCUGCAUCAUCACCAAAAUCUCCUUUUCGAGGGAAUUAAGCGCAAAGCCGAUGGCGAUCAGAGCGUUAACACUCCGCGCGCUGUGGAGUCGGGACGACUACUUUUUUUUUACGGUUUGAAAAAGGCGCUCUGGCCCAUUUUCAUGGGCUUGCAAGUAUUAAAAUCGCUGCUGUUCGCAUUGUUCUUGCCCACAUUAAUUGGCUCUUUUGGUAAACUUCUUGGUAAAGGUAUUGUCUCUGGUUCGGCCCCACUUUUCAUACGCCCACCAGAUACGCCACAAGAACUUGAUUUCCGCGACAAUGCAAUCAAUUUCGAUGACGAUAAAUUUGCGAUGGUCGAUGAAAAUAACAAAGAGGAUGGCUACGCUUACAAUCAAGCAGCGGCCUCUCAAACACACUAUACCUACAAUGCCGCCGACAUAAAUCGCAUUGAACAGCAGAAUAAAAUGCCAGAUACGUAUUUGAGUGCAUUGCAAACCAUCGGCUCGGCGUCAUUUAAAAACUCUGGUUCGCUUUCGGGCAGCUUGUCUGGUGGUGGCCUAGGUGGUGGCGCCGGUCUUGGUGCACCGUUACGCACAAAACCAAUUGCGCCAGCCAACACCAACACCUUUCAAACAUUCCAAAAAGUACCAGCCUCCUCACUGUUGCUCUCCAACUAUGAUCCUUUCUACAGUCCGCUUUUGUCGCGUUUGGAUUCAGUAUUUGCGCAGUUGAAAUUAAAUUCGGACAAAGAGAAUUGUCGCGAGAAGUUGAUUUGCUUAAUGUAUGCGAAUCCAGCUAAAUAUGCGCCAUACAGUAAUUUGGUUUCGGCGCAGUUGUCGCGCGAAUUGAAUGAACUACGCAAACCAACAUCCGAUAAUCCAGAUAUUCUACGUUUUUUCAAGUACAUGCGUGCUGCUAAGGAUGGUCAGGAUGGUGUAGAUUGUGAGAAAUCGUUUGAUCAAUGUACAGAAUUUAAGGAUUUCGAGAAUCCUGCAAUGGUUUCAACAUAUCAUGAUAUUAACAAAUUGGUGCAGGCACGCAAGUUGGCGUAAAACGUUUAGAGUAGAAAGUAUACAAAAAACAUUUAUAUAUGUAGCAUACAAGCCUUAUGUAAAUUAAAGUGUUAAGUGAGUUAAAGUGGGUGAAAGACCUUUAAUCGUUUUGAAGUCAACUGCUGAGCACACAGGAUAAGCGACUCAUUUAUGUAUGUAGAUAUAUUUUUUUUUUGUGUUUAGUCAAAAGUAAAUUAGAAACUUAUACUUAUAUGUAGCCAUUUACUUAUGCGAAAUGCAGUUUAUACUUAAGUUUUGUAAAUAAAUUUAAGUAAUGUAUGUAUGUAUGUUAAGUGAUACGCAGAUUUAGUUAGACAUUAUUAUUUAUUGUAACGAUACUUCUACUCGACUAUUCAAUUUUCGAGAGAAACGAAAAUCAUGUUAUUUUAUUGCCUAAUGGAAAUUGAAAAAAGAACACAGCUUCUCCUGUCAAUGGACAAAUAUAAUGGCUAAGCACUAAGCAACGCAGCGAGCAUUUUAAUAAAAUUAAUUGUAAUUAUGAAAUUCAGUCUUGCUUUGUGCAGAGAUCUUACUGCGGUUGUGAGUUUAAGGUUAGUAGUGAUGCUAUUUACGCCCUACCAUAAUAAAAAAUUGAAUAGUUAUACCAGAGUUAGGGAAUUUCUAGAAUUGUUAGGUGAAAAUUUUGCGCCAAACUUACUCUUUUCCUUCUUCUUUAUUUGCGCUGUAAGCGUAUAAGCGAUUUGGAUCGAGUACAAUUGAGUACGACAGUUGUUUCCCUUCUAUGCCCACUAACACCUACUUCAAAUUCGAAGUGAGGCCAAGGCCUGCUCCGCAUAGCCUUUCCUCUUUCACAGCCAACGUUGAAUACCUCUUCUACAUCGUUUGUAGUGAAUUUAAACAAAGCAGCAAAAAUGGCCUACGGGACGUAUGAGUGAUACAAACCAUGCCCUGAAUCGAUGAUACAAAUUUAUUCUGAGUUUCGUCAGAAAAAAAAAAUCACCCGAAAAAAAUACACGAAAACAAAAAAAAAAAAAGUGAACCGGUUCGGGGAAAAUUAAACUCAUAAAAAGGGCCAUUUUUAAAAUAGAUUUUCAGGAAGUGCUGUAGACCAAAUAAAUAAAUAAAUAAAUAAAUAUAAUAAAGACUUUCUUAGCAGAACCGCAACAAAAAACUUUAAUAUAAAAAGUUCCACCUCGUUUAGUGUCUGCAAACUUUUACACGCCUAAGGACAUAUAAAAUCAAACGACGCGUGACUUGCAAAAAUCAGUGUAUGUACGCAAGUAUUUAUGCGCACAAAACGUAUUUGUAUAAAUUGAGCAAUACAUGGCUGCCUGGAUACGAUGAAGUUGAUGAGUACGAAUCAGUAGAAUAAAGAGCGACGUGAAUGAGUUUAUUUGAUGAAAUGAGUUUAUUUCCAAUAAAACCGCAUACGUCUAAAUCGGUAAAGUUUUUGCUGAGUUGUCCAAGGUUUUCUUUUAUUAAUCUUUGAAAAAAGUUCAAUGGCGGCAUCAAGAAAAUCU